UCCAAUAAAGUUUGUGUUAUUUAUUUUAUUUUGCCCUACAUAAUUCCCCAAAAUUUGAGAUUUUGGGACACAAUAAAGAAAAUGCGGGAAAUGAAAGGAGAGCUUGCCUCCGCAUAAAUUCGAGAGCAAGUGGACUCCUUCAAUUCCUGUGAAGAACCCAAACCGCGAAACUGCCGCAGCUCUUCCCCGCCGGUAGAAAUGGAGGCGUUUGCUGCAUCUUCAUCUGGUUCAAAUGGGCCGGGUCACAUUGGCAUAGCCGAAUCAUCCAUAAGGCUCCCUCUUCUCUACUUCUCGUUGAUGCUUGUUUGGUUUCUUUCUGUUUGUUCAUGGACCUAUCACACUUGCCGCACCCGCCAUUUUCAGAUAAAUAAAUUGCAGUGGACAUUAACUUCUGUUCCCCUAAUCAAAGCUUUACAACUUAUGCUAUGCUUCCUCUUCUGGUCUUCAUGCUUCUAUGAACAUGUAUGCUCGUUGCGGAUAUCUUUUGGGGUAUAUUUGACAGGAGUCCUUUCUCAGGCAGUGACAUUUGUUGCAUUCUUAAUUAUCUCUCAUGGAUAUUGCAUCACCCGUGAGAGUCUUUCUGUAUUUGACCGUCGAACUACUGCUUCCCUUGGCUGUGUUUUCUACUUAACUCUUAUUGGCUAUCGAGCUUCCAUACCUUAUUUCUCAGUUCUCCUAGCACUCAACUAUUCCGUUCUGUUUUAUGUGAUAUUCAGCCACAUAUCUCAGAACUUGUUGCUAUUACGGGAACAAUUGACCAUUGUUGAAAAUGAGGUUAUCCCUGGUAUGCACGAUGCGAUAUACAUGAAGUAUACUAUGCUGAAAUGGAGAUUACACUUUUUUUGUUACAGGAAAUUUCAAUGUGCUAUGCAUAUUGUGGCUGUUGCAGAACUUGCAAUAUUCAUAAACAUGGAAAGUUUGGUGGAUUCCUACUGGCUUCGGUUGUUGAUUCGUGAAUGGGCACACUUCUCUAUUAUUUUAUUUAUUGGGUGGACUUUUAAAUCAAAAGACUUGGGAUCGAAUUUUGAUGUAAUAUUAAAACCUGAAGGCAAGAGAAUAUUGCCUCCUAUCUACAGCAUUGAAAUGGAUGGAGCUACAUUCAGAGACUUCAACAGCCAAGAGUGGCACAUUGGUGUGCCGACUUCAUCUUCCAAAACGGGAAGCUUGCCAGGUUCAGUUUUUGUU